AUGAGCGACAUUGCUACCAAAGAGGCUGUCAUCCACGCCAAAGAUGGCUCCGUACUGGAUGCAGACGAGCAACGACUGGCCCAGAUGGAAGGCCACACGCAGGAGCUCACGCGACACUUUAGCAUCCUAUCCCUCAUCGGUCUGGCCUCCACGACGACCAUCUCCUGGACCGGGCUGGGGCUGAGCAUCGUCACCGAGAUCAACGCCGGUGGACCGAGUGCCAUCAUAUAUGGCUUCAUUCUUGUUACAUUGCUGCAGUCCUUUCUCGGAGCCUCCCUGGCAGAGUUUGUCUCCAGCUAUCCCACUGAGGGCGGCAUGUAUCACUGGAUUGCUGCCGUGGCGCCGAGGAAAUGGAGCGCGUUUUUGAGUUUCAUCACCGGAUGGUUGACCGUCUGUGGUUGGAUCUUCACCACUGCCUCAACGAAUCUGAUCUUCGCUGAAGUUGUCCAGGCGCUAUAUGCGCUCUACCACCCCAACCUGGUGAUCAAAACGUGGCAGACGUUUGUGAUCUACCAGAUCCUGAACCUCCUCACGGCGGCCGUGGUUCUUUUUGGGAACAAGAUCAUCCCGGCACUCAACAAGUUCUCCCUUUUCUAUCUUCAAAUCGGGUGGCUCGUCGUCCUUGUCACAGUGGUCGCAUGUGCCCCAACGUAUCAAAGCAGUGAUUUUGUCUUCAGAACUUGGAUCAACAACACUGGGUGGAGCAGCAACGGCAUCUGCUUUAUCACAGGCCUCGUCAACCCGCUCUACAGUCUCGGUGGCCUCGAUGGCGUCACCCAUAUCACCGAAGAGAUGCCGAACCCCUCCCGAAAUGCUCCCCUUGCAAUUGGCAUCACCAUAACGAUCGCCUUCAUGACCGGCCUCACCUACCUCAUCGCCCUCAUGUUCAGCGUGCAAGACUACGCCGCUCUAUCGACCACCAACACGGGCCUACCUCUGGCCGAACUCUUCCACCAAGUCACCCAGUCCGCAGGCGGUGCCUUUGGUCUGACCUUUAUUCUCUUUGUCGCGCUCGGUCCUUGCGUCGUGUCGUCGCAACUGUCCACAUCCCGCGUCCUCUGGGCGUUUGCGCGCGACGAUGCCAUGCCAUUCUCACGUACCUGGGCGCACGUCAGCAAGCGUUUCGGCAUCCCCUUCAACGCCCAGCUAUUGGUCGCAGCCGCCAAUGCCGCCCUAGGCUGUCUGUACCUGGGCAGUAGUACCGCAUUCAACAGUAUGCUCGGGGCGGCCGUGACCAUCAACAACGUCGCGUACCUGAUUCCCAUUUCCACAAACAUGCUGACCGGGAGAGCGAAUAUGCACCGGGGCGUGUUCUAUAUGGCCAAAUGGGGGUGGUUCGUGAAUGGCGUCACGCUCGCCUGGUUAAUAUUUGCCAUUGUCUUCUUUAGCUUCCCGUACAAUAUGCCCGUGACGGUGGAAAAUAUGAACUAUACGUGUGUUGUGGUGGGUGGGCUGAUCAUCCUCAUUCUGGCGUGGUGGUUCGUUGGCAGUGCGAAGUAUAGGGAGAAGAUUACGCGAGCGAUGGAAUAGUCUGGCGGAUUGGAUGUCGAUAUAGAUUGUCGCGUUCUGUACAG